AUCUAACUUUAUUAAAUAAAGGUACGUGUAUAGGGCCAAAGCAUUUAAAGAUACAGGUUACCGUUGAAGCCGAGCAGAGACAUUAAAAGAGCUGUACAAUAAAUGCUGCAAUAACUAAGCAGCUUCCACCGGCAAACCCUAGACCCCGGCCCUCACGCACUCUCCUCUUCUCUGUAAUGGCCGUCGCUUCGAGUAUUCUCUCAUUUCUUCCUUCCUUUUCAUCUCUAGAUCCAUGGCCGAAGACGCCGCACUUAAAUCCUCUCUGGUUUUCUUGGCCGCCGCCGUCGUUCUCGUCGGAAUCUCCACGCAUUCCUUCAAGAAAAUGGCCGUAACUUAUCUGGUCGGCGUUUUCGCCAUCGCCGGCAUCCUCUUGCCAGACUGGUGCUUCUUCGACCGCAAUUUCUCUCGGUGGAUUUCUCCAGUCACCGAAGAGGAAAGGGAAUCGUAUCGGAUCUCGACUGCAUCUCGGAAUCCAAGGUUUAGGAUUUAUCCAAAAUUGUGCGAGAAAGUUAGGUUAAGUGAUUUUGCAGUCUUUGCCAAAUCAAAUUCGUAAUCGUGUUUAUUGAAACUUCUUUUGGUUUUUGGAAGUGAUUUUUCGAACUCUUCAUUUGAAUGCAUGGAAACUGUUGCAGGUUUAGGAUUUAUCCAAAAUUGUGCGAGAAAGUUAGGUUAAGUGAUUAUGCAGUCUUUGCCAAAUCAAAUUCGUAAUCGUGUUUAUGGAAACUUCUUUUGGUUUUUGAAAGUGAUUUUUCGAAAUUUUCAUUAGAAUUCUUGGAAACUG